CGCUCCGCCAAUAACGCGGGCCGCUUGGGUGUGGUUAUUAGUGCCGUGGGACCGUCGGACGACGUCAGGUAGGAUUGUGUUUCAUGAGAGCGUAGUUUACGCUGCGCGUCCAGGCGGCUGCACGCACGGACGGUGUUCUCUGUCUCUCUCUCUCUUUCGGUCUCUCGGGGAGCAGCAACACGCGGGGAACGGAGAGCGGCGACAUGAAGAAGAGGAGCCUGUCCGGCAACGUCGGCGUCGGCGUGUUCCUGGUGGGGUUCGUCUGCGUGUGCGUCGCGUUCGGUACGCCCUCCUGGCUGGUCAGCGAUCCGCGGAUCGUCGGGGCGCAGCUCGACCGACUCGGCCUGUGGCGGCACUGCUUCAGGUCGCUGCCGAAUCCCCAGGAGUCCGACGCGCCCAGGCGGUUCUUCGUCGGCUGCAGAUGGGUCUACGACCCGUUCACCGCGGGCUACUCCGAGAUCCGCGGCUUCCUACUGCCUCCUUUUAUGAUAGCCACGCAAGUGUUCUUCACAAUAUGCUUUUUGCUGGGUCUAAUAUCGUUCUUUCUGGUACUGCUCUUCACUCUGUGCUGCGAUCCAGAGCGAAAGAGAUACAUCGAACUGAUAACCACCAUCGGUUACUUGCUGCUGGCAAGCGGCCUCAGCGGUGCCUUGGCGGUCAUCAUAUUCGCCUGCCUCGGUAACGCGGACGGUUGGAUGCCCGGACACGCGAAUAAUUAUCUAGGAUGGUCCUUCGCUCUGGGCGUCAUCGGCAGCGUCCUCACGCUGAUCGCGAGCGGCUUGUUGCUGGUAGAGGCAACCGUGCAGCGAAAGAAACGGGACUACGUGAAGGAAUCUCAAACGCGUUUUCAACUCGAAUCGCGCGCCUAGAACGAAUUAGCACUUCCCGACCGUUCGCAAGAAUUGCGUCACCAGCGUACGUACUAAAAGUCUGUAGUAUUAUUCCGUCCAUGAAGGUGCAACUUUUUUAUCUUUUAGAACUGUUCUCUUUCUGUAGACUGUACAAAAAAAAAA